GUGACAUCAGCAUCUUUGUUUACGAUCUACUAGCCUGGUCAGCCACAGUUGCUAGCCUCACCCUUUACAUCGCUUCUGCAGUUUGCCUUUUGAGAGCGUGUUUGGAGGUAAAAAUUGUUUGUGUAGCGGCUCUGACCUGGUCUAAAUCAUGUCGGCUAAUGGACGUGGAGACGACAGCACAGACGCGAGGAAGGCGGACACAAAACGGUCCCCUGAGGGCUCUGUGUCUCCUAACCCUGGUCCCUCGGAAGUGGACGCUAAGGCCGCUCCCCACAACUUCAGGUACCGCCUGGACUACCCCAGCAUCGGACAGUGCAUCAUCAUCAACAAUAAGAAUUUUGACAGGGGGACUGGCAUGAACCAGCGGAGUGGCACAGAUGUGGAUGCUGCCAACGCGAUGAAAGUUUUUGCCAAGCUGGGCUACAAAGUGAAGAUCUACAACGAUCAGUCAGUGGAGAAGAUGAAGCAGGUGUUAACGACUGUUUCGAAGGAGGACCACAGCUGCGCAGCCUCCUUUGUCUGUGUCUUAUUGAGCCAUGGCGACGAGGGUGUGUUUUUUGGCACAGACGGCUCCGUAGAGCUCAAAUACCUCACAUCACUUUUCAGAGGCGAUCGCUGCAGGUCCCUCGCGGGAAAGCCCAAGCUCUUCUUCAUCCAGGCCUGUAGGGGGACUGAUUUGGAUGCAGGUAUUGAAACAGACAGUGCAGACGAUGAAACCACUCGGAUCCCAGUGGAGGCAGAUUUCCUAUAUGCCUACUCCACAGCUCCUGGUUACUACUCCUGGAGGAACACCAUGACUGGCUCGUGGUUCAUGCAGUCCCUGUGUGAUAUGGUCACUAAAUAUGGAAAAGAACUGGAGCUCCUGCACAUCAUGACACGUGUCAACCACAAGGUGGCAGUGGAGUUUGAAUCUAUCUCCAAUGCUCCAGGCUUCAAUGCAAAGAAGCAGAUCCCAUGCAUUGUGUCAAUGCUGACCAAAGAGAUGUACUUUACUCCUUGAUAUUUGCAAAACCUGUUAUUUUAAGCCUUUGUGAAGUUAAAAGCUUCAUUCUACCCAUGAGAAAAGGAAAUUAUUUUGAUAUUUUGUUUUUUGCAUAGUGCUUUAAUAAAAAAAGCACUAUGUAACUUCUCUGAUGGAAGAUUUGCCACCUUCUUGUCUCCAUGGAGAUUGGAAUGUUCCAUGUAUAGCAUUAACCUUAUCUAUCUCCAAGGAAACAUCCAUGUGACACCACCAGACCAGUAAGAAAGCAUGCUUUUAAGAUAAGAAAUACAAGGUAUAUUUUUGAGCAGUAAAAAAUCCUAGAUGUGUUUAAUCAUACAGUGGAUCAUUUUUGGCAACUGAUGAAGACCCAUGAAGACAAGUGGGUGACAGACCCUCAACCAGAAAAGUUACAUAGCGCACCAUUAAGGCUCACUUGGAGUUGCUAAGUAGACACUCCUGCUCUAUUUUAGCUCUGUUUUUACAAUAGUUUGAGCAUCAAGUUGCAUAAGACAAGACGGGUACUACCACUGAAACAUUUCAUAGUGAAUAUUUGAAGUCAUGUAGCUGUUACAAUACCAGGUCUAUACAUUUACAUCUUACAAACUUCAGGGAUAAAUACUUAAACCGGUGCUAUAGGAUACAAGACUGAUGUUUUAAGGUUUUUAUGAAUCAGCUCUUCAAUCUACUGUCAACUCUGAGUGAACUUAUUUAUUAGAGUACAGUUCAUUUGUGUGAAUUUGUCAAGUACACAUUUGAUUUCAAGCUCAGGUUUUACUUGUGUUGUUUGCUGUUAUAUAAACUACAAUGAUGUAGCACACAGUGUUUUAAGUAAUGAAUUCAUAGUUUUGUAUCUUCACUUUUGUAUCAUACAGUGCUACAGUAUAAUUCAAACGAAAACAAGUGUGGGCUUUAAUGUUUUUUACUAUUGCUAAAUUUCAAUCAUGCCUUCUUUCUAUAACACCACUUUGUACAACUGUGCUAUUGGAAUAUAUCAUGUGUAAUCAUUAGCAUUAGCUAAUGCCUAUAUAUAUAUAUUUGUUUUGACCCAUACCACUUGUUUUGACUAUAUUUUAUAUACAAAUAUACAUUUUAUAUUGUG